AUGAGGCUCUCCAAAGAUGGCUCAAUCUACUUCGCCUUCUUGCCAGCAAUGCGCACCACCAUCAUUGACCCGCGGGGCUUGCCCGACAACUUCGACGCUGCCCUGGAUGACCUGGCAAGGAUGUACUUCAAGAACCACGAGGCUCAAGCGACGACGUGGGACGAUCCACGUUCUGGACAGCAAGAGGUGACGCUCACAAAGUGGCGACAGGCCCAAUCCACUCGAUGGUGGAAGGAGCAGGUCUGGAGAGAGAUCGAGGAGAUGAACAGGCGGAAAGAAUUGGACGACAAGUCCGAGCUCGAAUCCGAGGCCAUUCUGGAGCGAGGCACGCCCUGA